CAAAGAAGAACACAGAGUAAGAAAUAUCUCCCCAUCACUGUAUUUUUAACUAUUCAUAUGUAUAUGAUGUCUCUCUGCUACUAAAAUUCAAACAGUUGUGCUCUCUGAUCUCAAACACUUACACUUAGAAAGCUAAAUAUUAAUCUUCAUUUUCAUCUAAUAUAGUCAAAAAGCGAUGGAUUAUACAAGAAUCAGCCAAGAAACUCCGGUGAACCGUCUAAACCAUUACGAAGAAGAAGAAGGAUCAACCGCAUCAUCUGAAAGCAGAAGCAAUGAAGAGUUAUCCGAUUGUGAUCAACAACAGUCUUCUUCGAUAGCUAAGGAGCUCGGGCUAAUGGAGUUGCUUAAAGACGAUAAAGCCUACGAGCUUAUCUAUCGUCAUUGUCAAACUAAGCUCAUGACUUAUAACUUAGCCGAUGAUCACUUUCAGAUUAUAUCGAUUCUCAAGAACGGUUUUCAAACUCCAUUGGGACAAGCUAAGCUUAAAGCCUUUCAGAUAUAUAUAGAGUCAGUGGCAAAGAAAAGUGGCAGCUGCUGCUGCGAGCGCGGUGUGAACAAAGCUGCAGCGGCUGAAGCGGCGAGAGUGACUUACGGUUGUUGCAGCGUGGAGAAGGAAGAGUUGAAAACGAUUCUAAUGUAUGGGUUUAGCCACUUUAGGAACAACAAUGGCUUAUAUCUUUCACCAGACAACGCUCCUCUUCAGUGUAUGAUAGGUCCUCCUUCAUCAUCUUGUGACGAAGAUGGGAUGAGAUUCUUGUUGUUUUCAAGAAUUAUAAUGGGAAAAUCAGAGGUUGUUGGCUCGACCGCACAAUCGUAUCCGAGUUCUCCAGAGUUCGAUUCAGGUGUAGACAGUUUAACAUCUCCGAAGAAGUAUUUUAUUUGGAGCACACACAUGAACACACAUGUUUUGCCUGAGUUUGUUGUAUGCAUCAAAACUCCAUCUAUGUUGAAAAGAAAGAACCCGAAGUCGCCUUGGAUUUUGUUUCCGGUCUUGAUCAAAUCAAUAUCUAAGUUUCUGAAUUCGUCGCAAAUCCGUCUCAUUCAUAAACACUAUAAAGAACAUCAAGAAAGGAGAAUCUCGCGGUCUGAGUUGAUUCAGCGACUGAGAAUUAUAACCGGAGAUAGACUAUUAAUUCAAAUCAUCAAAUCUGUUGGACAAAAGGCACCGGAAAGAUCAAAGACCGAUUAAUGUACAGUCACAGACUAAAUCAUAGAUUAUCUAUGAUAGACAGAGUAGUCGUUUAUUAGCUCAAUGUUGAUUACAGUAGAGUUUUUAUGUGUCACAACUCGCAACAUAGUACUGUUUUAUGUAAAUGUGUUUCUGCAAGUUUUUUUAAAAAUAGUUUCACAUCUCCCUGACUAGUCAAUGCUGCUGAAUCAUUAAACCUGAAGUAGUCGGAGGAACUUACCAGUCUUGUGGAACUGGAGUACUGGACCAUAGUUACAGAUGAUC